GGAAGGUCGGGGAGCAGCUGGGUGGGUGUUGGCUGCCGCUGGCGGAGGAGCUGCGGCUGCGGUGCCCGCGGCUCGGGAGCGCCCCGCAGGCAUGGAGUUGGAGACGGCGCUGGAGGCCGUGAGGGGGCGCGGCGGGGCCGAGGGCCUCGAGCGGGUCCUGGGCCGGUACAACGAGAAGAAUAGGGCCACUUUCAAAUUUGAUCCUGCAGAUGAGGAGAAAAGAAAGAAACUGUGUGAAGGAAUCUUAAACAUCCUUGAAAAAGACAUAAAAACAUCAUAUCAAGUUGCCUGUCUCGAAGCCCUUCGGAUUCUCUCCAGAGAUAAGAAGGUUUUAGUGCCUGUGACAACAAAGGAAAACAUGCAGAUCCUGAUGAGGCUGGCAAAGCUAGACAUGACAGAAGAUUCUUUGGAGGAUGUGUCCAAUUUCCCUGUGAUAGUGGAAGCUUUAAAAUGCCUCUGUAACAUAGUUUUUAAUAGUGCCAUUGCACAAAAACUCAGUUUGGAACUGAACCUUGCAGCUAUGCUUUGCAAUCUACUGAAAAAAUGCAAGGACCAACAGUUUGUUGAUGACAUUAAAUGUUUUGAUUUGCGCCUUCUCUUCCUCCUGUCACUUCUGCACACAGAUAUUAGGUCACAGUUGCAUCAUGAGCUACAAGGGUUGCAGGUUUUGACUCAAGCCUUGGAAAGUUCAUUUAGCAUAAGAUGGACAGACAAGUACAAAGCUGCUGAAGAGCAUGAUGGAUCUCCUUUAUCGCUGCAAGAAACGGAUUGUGCCAUUGAGGCACUCAAAGCUCUCUUUAAUGUGACACUCGACAGUUGGAAUGUCCACAGUGAGAAUGAAUCUCAUCAGUUUCGUUAUAUGGCUGCCAUCCUUCGCCACUGCUUAUUAACCGUGGGCCCUACUGAAGACAAAACUGAAGAAUUGCACAGUAAUGCAAUCAACCUUUUAAGCAAUAUUCCAGUUUCUUGUUUGGAUGUUCUCAUUAGUCCAUCAACCCAAGAAGAAACAGUUUUGAAAUAUAAUGGUAUGAAUAUGGAUGCCAUUCAAGUGUUGCUGGAUUUCAUGGAGAAAAGAAUAGACAAGGGAAGCAGCUACAGAGAGGGUCUGACUCCAGUUCUCAGUUUGCUAACAGAAUGUUGCCGAGCUCAUCGGAACAUCAGGAAGUUUAUCAAAGCUCAGGUAUUGCCCCCAUUAAGAGAUGUAUCAAAUCGUCCUGAAGUUGGCACAACAGUGAGAAACAAACUUGUGCGCCUUAUGACACAUGUCGACCUUGGAGUAAAGCAAAUUGCAGCAGAAUUCCUUUUUGUCCUUUGUAAGGAGAGAGUUGACAACUUGUUGAAGUAUACAGGCUAUGGUAAUGCAGCAGGACUGCUGGCAGCAAGGGGCCUGUUAGCAGGAGGAAGGGGAGAUCAUUGGUACUCCGAUGAUGAAGAUACAGACACUGAAGAAUAUAAAUCGGCAAAGCCAAACAUUAAUCUUAUCACUGGUCAUGUAGAGGAGCCAAUGCCCAACCCUAUGGAUGAAAUGACAGAAGAACAAAAAGAAUAUGAAGCCAUGAAACUUGUCAACAUGUUUGAUAAACUUUCCAGGGAUGAGGUUAUAAAACCAAUGGGAGUUCGACCGGAUGGCACGAUGACUCCUUUGGAAGAGACAAUCUGCCAGUACCAAACCAAUGAGCAAGACAGUUCAGAUUCAGACUAAAGCAUCACCUGCUUCACUGUCAAUAUCUCCUUUAAUCAGCAUCUUCCUUCAGAGCCGCGACAUCUUUUAUCUACACAUUCUACCCCCUCAUUAGCCAGCAUCACUUUAAGUCUUAUUAUUGGGAUAUUUGAAUGAUGGAUCUUGUGGUGUAAUCUCUGCAUUUUUAUUAAUCCAUUUAUAUAGGAACAAAUGAUCAGUUUAUUAAUUGUAAAGCAAAUUGUAUUUCAGUGAGAUGAAAAUAAAAGAUUGCAAUGCAAAAAAAGUAAAUAUUAAAACUUGCUAGAUUCUUCUCUCCCAUUUCAACAGGUUUUUUCCCUUUUUUGCUUUUGUUUAUGGUGUCUUACCCCCAACCCCUUCCUAAAAUACAAUUUCAGCUAAAGAAGCAGAAUGACUUAAUUGCCCUGGGAAUAAAGGAUGUUCAAUGUGACAUGACUGACUUAGUCAAGCCAUAAGUUUGCUUACACAAUUGCUCAAUGAUUCUACCACUGCUUUAGAAAAAAAACAUGUUAACCAUCAAAUUUUAUCUCACCAUUCAUUACCAUGUUUAACCAGUCUGUUUCAAAAUUUAACCUCUGUGUCAGUCAGCUACUGAUUACUGCUAAAUCUAUUUUUAUUUUCUUUUUUUAAAUAAGCUGUAUUUGGUUGUUCACUGAAUCAGGGCCACAGAAGUAAACCCCAGCAAGCCUAUAUUGCUUAUGGCCUUGAUCAGGAGCAUCGAGUUGUAUGAGAGCACAGGAGCCUGGUUCCACCAAAGUUCGGGGCCGGGUCUCUCCCCUGGCCCCGACUGCUGCCCCCACGUUCCUCCCCCGGAUCGUCCCCUGCCUGCCGCCCCCGGGCAAUUUAAAAGGGCCCGGGGCCCCCGCCGCCACCACUGGCAGCGCAACAGGGCUAAGGUGCUUCCUGCCCGCCCGCUCUACUUCCGGAAGCAACAGGAAGCUGCUGACACGUCCUUGUGGCCCCUGUGGGGGAGGGGGUGGAGGAUGGGGUCUCUGCACACUGCCCCAGCCCCGAGUGCCAACUCUGCCAACUGCAGCCAAUGGGAGCUGCGGGGGCGGAGCCUGUGGGCAGCUGCGCAUGGAGACUGGUCUGGCCCCCAGCCUAGGAGCUGCUGCCAGAGGGGGGUGUGGAUCACUUUUGGGAGCCGCCUGAGGUAAGCGCUGCACCCCUCAUCCUCUCCUGCACCCCAACCCCCUGCACCCGCCCAGAGCCUGCACCCAAACACCCUCUGAGAGCCUGCCCCGUGCACCCCCUCCUGCAUCCCAACCCAGAGCCCACACCCAAAUGCCCUCUCAGAACCGGCCCCCUGCCCUAGCCUACUCCCCAACUCCCAGAGCCUGCACCCCCUCCCCCAACCCCCUGCCCCAGCUCAGAGCCUGCACCCUAACUCCCUCCCAGAGCCUCCUCCCGCACCUCUGCCCCAACCCAGAGCCCACAUCCAAACUCCCUCCCUCACCCAAACUCCCUCACAGAGCCUUAGGCGGGGGCGGGACUUCGGCCUGUUCUGGGCACCAUCAAAAAUUAUACAAAGCUGCUGCUCCUGGCCUUGAUUCGGGAAAAUAUCCCUGUUCAGAACAGUGCUUAAGCGUGUUCUGAGUUGUUGCCAGGGAUGGAUUUCAGUGCAUAUUUAAUCAGAUGCUACUUGUUGAAAAUUAACAGAUGUGUAAAUUGAGGGGAAGUCAAGUCAAGAAAGGAGAAGGGAUUUUUUUUUUUUUUUUGGCGGGGGAGGGUUUUUUAAUUGAAAUUGGUGGAGUUGUGGGAUAAGGCUUGUCAUACUUAACUAAUGCGUCUUUAAUCUUUAAAUUUUCAUUUUUUAAGGGUCCAGAAUUGUAAAGUUUUAGGAGAGCUGCAUUACGGCUGCUGCCUUUUUGCCUACCUGGUCUUUCUACCUGUGUCUUUUGGUGUCAAUAUGUGAAUUACAAUCCCUACUACCUGUCCUA